AUGGACACCGAACCUAUAAAUGUUGCACAAACUUUCCUAACUGAUGUUGACCCUUCGACAGUGUCAAAAACGGAAAAAUUACGCGUAUGGAAGACAACUUUGCACGAGAAAAAGGCUAUUUUGAAUAAACUUGACAGUACAAUAUUAGAGGAGAUUCCGCCAGAAAAGAUUGGCGACGAAAUUAAUGAAACAAGCGAAUUUCUUCAAGAAAUUGAUCGAAUUACCGUGAAAAUUGACAUUGCACUCGAGAAGAUGUCAAAUGGAAGCAACCCAGCAACUCAGGUAGGAACAGUAAACUUUCCCUUAUCAUCCGAAAACGUAAACAAUAACGUAAGUCCUUCGAACAAUGGAAAUAUUGCUCCUAAAGUGCAAGCAAAGCUGCCAAAAUUAACAUUGCGUAGAUACUCUGGAGAACCGACAAAAUGGCAACCAUUUUGGGACAGCUUUGAGACUGCUGUACAUAAAAAUCCUACCAUUAGCAAUGUCGACAAAUUUAAUUACUUAAAGGGGCUCUAGAUGGCCCGACAGCAUCGUGUAUUGCAGGGGUUGCUCUCACAGAUGGAAAUUAUAACACUGCAUAGAUCUUUUAAAACAUUCGAUUUGCCACUUCUGGUAACAUUCGGUCAGUACGGCGCCUUUACGAUACAAUUGAAUCACACAUAAGAAGUUUACAAGCUCUUGGGGUAGAAUCUAAAUCCUGUGGAAGUCUGCUUGUCCCAGUUAUAAUGAACAAAAUCCCGGAAGAAAUGAGACUCAUUGUAAGCCGUAAUUUUGAUCAAAGUACCUGGGAUGUUGAUAGCAUGCUAAAGUAAUUUAAAACUGAGUUAGAGGCGCGCGAACGAUGCUUCCACAUGCAGUCAAAUAAAAAAGAGAAACAUGAUCGUUGUAGAUUUAAUACAAAAAAGAACAUACCACCACUUCAUUAUUUGCCCAAAGGUUAGACCAACCAUCAAUUACAUGUUGCUAUUGUCUGGGUAAACACACAGCCGGAUGGUGUAAAAUUGUUACCAAUAUCAAUGCUCGAAAGGAAAUAUUGAAGAAAAAGGGAAGGUGUUUUAACUGUUUGUGAACAGGUCAUAUCGUUAGAGUUUGCCCAUCCCAGCAUAAUUGUUUGAAAUGUCGACAGCAACACCACACCUCCUUGUGUGAAAGGAGAGAAAAUCCAACAAAUCAGAAUGAAAGGAAGACACCACCUGCAAAUGGAGAACCUAAUAAUGAGCAAGUAAGUGGACAAAACACUACAUCAAUGUUUGUUAAUUCUCAUACAGCAGUCCUACUUCAGGCGGCAAAAGCUAAUGUCUGCCGACCAGAUAAUGAGACCACAGCAAGCAAU